GUAUUUUGAGAUGCUGCGAUCGUGUAUCUAUGUGUGAACAAAAAACGCUCCGUAGCCCCAGCUGCACGGUGCUGGAAUCUGUACUAACGCUGUAGUCCUGAGUUUGUUGUUUCAUUUACUUCGGUUCCAGUUUUUUUUUGUCAGCAGGACACCAGAGUAAACUUGUCGACUUACAACAGUUACGAAUACAAGUUCGUCGUUUCUCGCAGAGAAAAGCGUUCAAGAGGAUGUGCAUCAAGUAGAACCCCGUGCUUGUUUGCUCGUUGUAGCACAACGAACUGGAGGUGCUGUCUUCAGUGUGGAUUGCUGCCGCGAAGUAGUUGCGUAAGGUAGAACUACACACGAGAACUGAACGCUGUUCGAAAUGGAAACGGCAGCCAGUCGGCGCAGAAGCACAAACAGCUCGGCUUCAUCACCUCGGUCGACAGCGGCGGCAACAGCGGUCGCCGUCACGAACAAGGCACCGCUGGAGUUUGCCGACCCGGGAUCUAGAUUGCGUCAACACCCGGGACAAAAACACGAAACAGCACAACUUCUCGUCCACGAUAGGUUUGUAGACGAAGCACGGAGCAGUUCCUUUACUAGUCGGCGUACAAGCGGUCGUGUCUACUUUCGAAGUGGUACUCCAGCUUCUCCCAGCACCGCGCGCUGGUUUUUAUCGAAGCUGCCUGAGUUCUUGUAUGCAACUGCAAAGAAAGCCGCGAAGAAAUGGAGGCGAUUCGAGUGUCAACUGCACUGGGAGAAAUAUUCUUCUAGGGAGCAGGACGAACCAGCAGGAAAUAGAAAUGCAUGCUCAAAGACGGAUGGGCGUUGCAUUUUACUUUCCACCCGGCCGCGGUGGCGAGCGCGCAGACGAAGACCGGACAGAAGUUUUUGCCAAGGAGGUGAUAGUGCAAGCGACGGAGAAGAGUGGGGUAGUUGCAGUAAUUCCAGUGCAACAAGAAGACGCAGGUCAAAACUUAAAAAUGCUGUCGAUAAAGAACAACCACGUGUUUGUAACAACGUCGAAAAUUAUAACCCCAAGGCAAGAAGAGCGAUUUCCAUUUCUCCUUCAUCGUUAUUCGUCCUUCUAUUCUCGGCCCUGGUGAAGAUCUCGCAACUACUGCACUUCGCAAGUGUACUCCUUCCGGCCGGAACGACCGCUACCGACCGGACAGGUGUCGAUGAGGAGAAGCGAAUGUUUGCCGCAGACAAUGCGAUCAAUUACGCCGAACAAGAUAGCACCUCCGCAACAGCAGGUUCAUCGAACAGCGCUCCUGCGAUACCCGCGGCCCAAGGUUCUGCUAUCUUCUACAAAAGUGUCCCCACCACCGCACGCCAACAGCUGGUGGCGCGACGCCUUCAUUUCUUCACGUGGUUUGAUUUAUCAAUGGCGAGAGGCAACAAGGUCCUCGGCUGAUUUUUUUGUGGCCUAGGCUUGGGGUCAAUAUCUCCGAAUCACUUGACUCUGAAGGACGGUUUGUCAAUAUCUCUGAAUAGUCGCUUUUGUUUGACCUACUAGGGAGUCGUCCAGGGUGGGGACGUUUUUGCACAGAAUACUACGAUCCUCCACCCUGUCCCCAGGUUGCGCGGAGAUCCCGGAGAUCGUAGCGCUCCAGAAUUCCAUCCAGCGCAUGUCCCAGAUGACCACGCAGAUGCAGGACAGCGAGGAUCCCAUGCAGUGGAGUGCGAAAGUGUACGACAAGUACCUGGUCGAGCAAACGCAGCUGUUCGAAAAGUGUCCCGGGGGCGUGCUCACCUCGCUGAUCUACCUGUCCAUCGCCCAGGAGACGGAGCUCAAGUACGACUUGCUGCGGAAGGCCACGUACCUCCUCUUCUCCGAACUGCAGGAAAGCAUGAAGCCGGAUUUAAAGCGCGACUGGCCGUCGGUGAAGGACGAACUGAUCCGUACCCUGUACGCGAACACGGAGUCGGCGGAAAAGCCCGGGCUGGUGAUUCCCAAGAAGCUGCGUCUUCCGGUCGGGACCGACGUUUCUGAGGUUGUGGACCGCAAUCUGAAGUACGAAAACACGCUCACCGUCCACUUUUCCUCCAUCAUUUUCUAUUACUGGUACUCGUUCCAGGACCAAAACUACGCCACCCACGGCGGGCGCGCGGUGAACGCGAACGCCAACGGGUGCGUGUGUCGCACGCAGUCCUGGUGUCUCCCCUACUGGGUCCGCGCGCUGACGAACAGCAGCAUCGACAUCUGGCUGGUCGGUCGCGACUACAACAAGACCGUGUACCGGAUGGACGGCAAGGGCUGUUUCGUGUCGCUGCAGCAGGGCCUCACGCACUACUCGUUCAUGGGGAAGGUCAGUAAUCCGCAGGAGCCGCAGAAGCAGAAGCCGAAGGAGUUCGACCUCAUGUUCAUCUUCGAAGUGAACAGCUUCAUGCACGCCGAGGCGCGCGGCGGGAUUUUGUAUGCAUUGUAAUGAAUCUGUCUUGGUCAGCAAUUAUGACUUUAUGACGCUGAUGAAUUUUGAACGAGUCAAGAACAAGGAAACCGUCAAUUUGAGUCAGUGUGCCCACGCAGGAGGGCAAGUUUUAUGUCAAACUCUUUCUCAUGACCCCCGGUGCGCAUGACCACAAACUGCGUCGUGGCACGAAAGGAGAACAUAUUCCUGCACAAGUCUUACUGGUCGAUCUCCGACCGAGACAGAUUUGCAGUUGAUAUUUGCGCGAAGAAGACCAUUUUGUACCCGACAUUUCACCUGUCGAAAACGCAGAUUUCGAACUUCGAGCAGCAGAAAAUCUCGAUCCUGAAGGACGACGAGGUGCUAAAGCCGCCUAAUCCGUGGUUCCGGGAGUUACUGGAAGGUCGGUACGCGGUGGGAAGGAAUGUGCACGAAAUCAUUGAGGACGACGAGCAGGAGCUGGCCCGGGUGUACGGGAUCCAGAAUGUUUCCGCGUUGCCCUUUCCGAACCAGACCAAAGUGGACGAGACAGAUCCAAACCGGACCAUCGUGCUGCCCUACCCGAAUGUGACCGCCCCUCGGAUCCCGAGCCGGAUGCUGCAAUUCCCGGUGAACAAGAAGGCGCUGGUGUACCCGGCCGUGCUGAAACCCGCCAAGGGACAGCUCGCCUUCUUGAACCUCUUCUACGAGCACAGCCUGCGGACCUCCAGUAGGGGAACGGGCGGAACUGCCGCUGGUGUUGGUUCGGCGAUAUGAAGUUUGCAAUAAAAGUGUCGCACUACGAGAUGUUAAAAUGAAAUUGCAAUGAAUUGCGAUUGUUAAGAAUGUUAUUCAGAGGGAGCAAAGGAACUUGCGACACAGAUUCAGAUCACAGGACGUAUUUCGAAUAUGCAGGGCCGCAAUUUGUACUUGUAGUGGCACUACUACGACUUCCAAUGCGACACUUUUUCCGCAGGAUACGCAGCAGCUGCCGCUCUGCAUAAAUCGCACCACCACCUCGAGCCGGCGUACCAGCUUCCCGAGGAACUGCGCGACACGCACAUUUAUUUCGUGGGCAGCUGCGGCGGCAACGUGACGUACUGUAGCCAGACCGUGAACCGCUGCGCGCAACUGUUGGGGCGGAAGGUGGGGAUCUCCUGCACGUUUUUGAACCAGUUGUCGUCGCGGGAGAUGGCGUUGGUCUACAAAAACAGCGCCGGCACCAUCCUGUACAGCAACAACGACUGCAACCCGCGGGUAAUUUAUGAGUCGAUCAUCAUGAACAAACCCUUCUUCGCCACCACGGAGGCGCAGAUCCCGGGCAAGGUCCAGCACUUGGGGCACAUUGUGGACUACGCCGAGCCGAAUUUCAACUUUUUGCCUGCGCACAAAAAGCGAGAAGAGGUAGUAACGGAAGACUCAACAUCAUUGUUAUCCAAGAAAAAAAGUGUGUAAGGGUUGUGUAAUACAAACUUUCUUGGAUGAACAGUAUCACAAAUGUGUUCUGCAUGACAGAGAAAACCUCUCAUGCGCAGCCAGUACGUGAAAACACGUACGAAGCAAACCUCUGAUGCAUGUCCAGCGUGACCAGUGCAAGUGUCUUUCAUCCUCUGCAACACAGAUUUAUUGUACAGUUUUUUUCUUGCAUAAACAUCUUCAGCUGCGAAUGAGGACGGCGCGGCGACGGAGGAGGUGGUGGAGGAAUUUGUGCUCUUCCUGAACGCCAUAGGGAAAAACAUGUGGGGUGACCGGCCGCGAACGUUCGCCGAGGAGCACUUGACAGACAGGAUGGCCUAUGGAAAAGUCGUAGAGUUCAUAGAAAAACAGUGGUGGGGGUAGAAGCAGGCGCGAGCGAUAGGAUAUACAACUCGUCUAGCACCAGGAUGGGGACCACGAUUGAAGUAGAGGACAUCAGGCGGACGACGACCCGAGUGCCGGUGGAUACUGAUUUUUUCUUGGACCGCAGGAACGAGCCGGUGGAGGGAAAGUGCGGUGGCUUCGCAGUGUUGGGCAGCUAGGACUCUCUUCACAUCAAGGAGGUCAACAUGAUCGCGCGCCAGAGCCUCACGCGGUCGCGGAGGCCGUGGGGAGGGGGGGAAAGCGGUAGGGUCGUGCUUCUGUUUGGUAAGAAGAAGAACUAGCUGGUCUAGUGUAUGUAGCAAUAAACAUUGGAGCCAGGGCCACCAGAUGCAGACGGGAAAAAGUCCGACUGUGGUUCAUGGACCACAACCAGAUGCAGAUGGAAAUACAACAUGUAUACGCGAGUAAUGUCAAAGUGAUGAAUACCUGUACACUAGUGGGGAUGAAAAUCGACAUUUUUCUGAAAUGAACGGAGGGAAUAUGUUUAUGUGUCAAAUUCAAAGUCAAUCAGGAGGACUUUCAGAACAAAU